AUGGAGACUAAGGAAUUUGUUUCCAAGUCUGCUUUGGAGGAGGUGUCUGAGUCUACAGAUGAUAAGCAGAACACCAGCUUGGAUACGGCUUCGUCUCAUUCCAGCGAAGGCAAGAAACCCCCUCCGUUUUCUGCCAAGCUCUUUGCCGUGGCUUUGAUUGCGUCUAUCAGUUUUGGUUCGCAUUGGAGCUCUGGCGUUACUGGUGCUAUGAAGAGUACCAUUAAGAAGGGAAUGGAUAUCAACAACGUGCAAUUCUCGCUCUUGGAAGCUAGUGAGGAUUUCAUGGCUACUGUCCUGAUGCUGCCUAGUGGCCUGGUUACAGAUCGUGUUGGUGGCGCCGAGAUGAUUGUCUACGGAAAUAUCAUCUACACCAUCGGUUCAAUCUUGGUCGCUGCUGCAACGACUGUCCGAUCAUUCAAUUUCAUGAUUGGAGGCAGAAUCAUUCUUGCAUUUGGUGAUAUCGCUACUCAGAUGGCUCAGUAUAAGAUGUUCUCCUCAUGGUUUGCUCCGAGUAAUGGAUUCGCGUCUACACUAGCCUUCGAGCUGGCUAUUGGAAAGGUUGGCGGCUUCAUCGGCAAAUCUACAGCCAACAUCAUCGCCAAGAACACCGGUAACUUCGCCUGGGUCUUCUGGACAGCCGUUUUCAUGAACCUGUUCACCAACGCCGCGACCGCAAUCUUCUGGUUCUUCAACAAAUACUGCGACAAGCACUACAGCGGACGCCGCGACAUCGCGACCAAGGAACACCUCACGGAGAAGAACAAGAAGUUCGAAUUCAAGAAAGUCUUCCAGCUUCCAUGGAUGUUCUGGGCUAUUCUUAGUUUCUCCGUGUUCCAGACAAGUGCCGCUCUGACAUUUAGCCAAAAUGCGACUGAGCUCGCUGAGCUAAGGUUCGAUGUUGAUUCCAUUACAGCUGGAUGGUAUAGUUCUUUAUCACAGUAUACAGGUUGUCUGCUUGUUCCUAUUCUAGGCAUCUUCAUCGAUAUCCUCGGUCACCGCGCUUCUAUCCUCUUCGUCUGCGGUCUCGGCAUGCUUCUUUGCAUGUGUCUUGUCAAUUUCGCUCCGUCGAAGGCUGGAACAGGUGCAUCCUUCGGUAUCUAUGCCGUCGCAUCGUCACUAGGCCCAACCACGCUCAUCGACGGGAUCCGCACAACCCUCUGGCACCAAUCGGUCUUCGGAUCAGCCUUCUCUCUCAAAAUGACCGUGAACAAUGCAAUGAACAUCAUAAUCCGCAUCAUCACCGGCGCCCUGCAGGACGCAGAUGACAACUCAUAUCGUCGCGUGGUGCAGGUUUAUCUAUUUCUAUCUGCGGCGUCGACGGUCGUCGGGGCGGCGCUGCUGAUCGGCACUUAUGUGACGCCGUACCUGGCCCCCUUGCAGUGGACGAGGCUUCAGCGUAAGACGAUCGGAGCGGAGGUCAUUGAGGCUAAUAAGGAGCGGAGCUUGGUGACGGAUGCGAAUCAGACGAGGCGGAUUUCGAUGGUUUGCUUUGGAGCGUUGUCACUAUUGACUGUCGGUGGCUGGGUGGCCUAUAUUUGGGGGGCUAUUACUGGGCAUAAUAGUUAG